AUGAGUACUGCUCGAUACCUUUACACAGCAUCCGUAUUAACAAAUGGAAAAGUGUUAGUGGCUGGUGGACUCCAUAGUAGUAGUGUUUAUUUGAAUAGUGCUGAGUUAUAUGAUCCGUCAACAGGAAUUUGGACAAACACUAGCAGUAUGAGUACUGCUCGAGACUACCACACAGCAUCCGUAUUAACAAAUGGAAAAGUGUUAGUGGCUGGUGGAUUGGGUAGUAGUGGUUUUUCUGUGAAUAGUGCUGAAUUAUAUGAUCCGUCAACAGAAAUGUGGACAAACACUAGCAUGGCUGGUGGAUACAAUAGUGGUGGUGAUGUGAAAAGUGCUGAAUUAUAUGAUCCGUCAACAGAAAUUUGGACAAACACUAGCAUGGCUGGUGGAUACAAUAGUGAUGGUGAUGUGAAAAGUGCUGAAUUAUAUCAACCAUAA